GGUUUAAGUUUUAAAAAACACGCUGAUUGAGGUCUUUUUGAGCCUGGAUAUUUGCAUAUUUUGGCUGGGUUGGGCUGUAAGCCUCCUGUUUGAACGUUGGGUGAGAUAGCAGGGAUGAUGGGUACUGUGGACUUGUGGUGUAUUGACAUUUUGAGCUGAAAAAUCUGAAGACGGGUCUUUGGGGGGCUUUUGACUCUGAAAACUAGCAGAUUUUUGUGGGGGGCAGAUCUUUGAUAAAGUCGGGGUUGUGACAUUUCUGGUUUAUGAGAUCAAAAGCGUGGAAAAUUGGUUAUUAGGGCUUUGAAGCUUUUUUUGGGGGUUUGAUAAAAUUGUGACUUGGCAUUUGAUUGAGGGGGGAGAAUUUGUGAUUGGAAGGGUCAUACUUGGAUCAAAGUUGUGAUUAGCCGGAGGAUUAAUUUGAGGUGGGGUUUAUUAGGAUUGGAAAUGUUGAGAUUUUGAUCAGAACUGUGAUUUCCGGUCCUUCAUGCGUGGGAGAGUUCGUUGUUUGGGUAGCUUGGGGAUUUCAGAUUUUGAUCAUUGUGGGAUCCAGCCUUUGAUGAAUCUGUGGCAGAUGCUGUGCUUAAUGUGUUUGGGAUGCUGAAAGAGGAGAAGAUUAAAAUUGAAUGUCAAAAUAGCAGAUCAAAGUAGAAGAUCACGAAUCUAAUAUUGGCAAUUGGGUUUGGCUAUCCUGACCUGUUUUGUAACUUUGACGCAAGCAGUCAGCUUUCAGCAAACGAAGCAAAUGGGUUUUAAUGGAGUAAUCUUAUCAAGCACUUUUGUAUCAAUGCUGUUGAUGGUUUCAGCAGCUGACAAUUUUCUGAUCGACUGUGGAACAAAUUCUUCCACAGUAGAUGGUGCCAGGAAAUGGGUUGGCGAUUCAUCAGCUAGCAAUGUUACGUUUUCUCCAGUUGGAAUCCCAGCAAAUCUUUCCAAAGUGGAUACGAAUGCAACUUAUCCUAAAGUCUAUACCACUGCACGCAUCUUCACCAGUGUGGCCAAUUAUACCUUCAAGGUUAGCCCCGGUCGCCAUUGGCUCCGACUCCAUUUUUACCCAUUUUCAUUCAUGAAUUUUAGCGUGAAUUCCUCUGUUUUCUCUGUAAAUGUUGGGCCUUUGAAACUCUUAUCCAAUCUAAACGUUUCUAAUGAAAUAAGCAAUAAGAACAACAAUCCGCAAUAUUCUGCAAGCGGAGGCCCUAAGAUUGUCCAGUUAAUGAAGGAGUACUCUAUUAAUGUGGCCAAUUCUAGUGCUCAGCUUGUGGUAACGUUUACUCCCGAGUCUGGAUCCUUUGCUUUCAUUAGUGCAAUUGAAGUGGUUUCAAUGCCAGAAGAUAUUUUCCCAACCUCUUCGAACCUGGUGGGAAGCAGUCCCAAAAAGUCCUCAUUGGAUUUGAGUUCCAGUGGUGUAGAAACAAUGUAUAGACUCAACGUUGGAGGGAGUUCUGUCACUCCCCAAGAUGAUUCUGGGCUAUCCAGAACAUGGGAGGAAGAUAAAUAUUACAUCUAUUCACUCGAUGCAGGUAGUGAAACUAAAAAUGUGUCUGCUGUUAGCUAUAAUUCCCCAAAUGAUUCCUACAUUGCUCCUCUUGUAGUCUAUGAAACAGCCAGGGAGAUGACAAGUAACUUAGCUCAAGUUGUUAAUCAAAAAAUCAACAUAUCGUGGAGUUUUGCUGUAGAUCCCAAUUUUGACUACCUUGUUCGCUUCCAUUUCUGUGAGCUUGUAUUUGAUAAGGUUGGCAUGAGAGUUUUUGGUAUCUACAUCAAUAACCAGACUGCAGACCCAUCUUUUGAUGUGUUGAGUCUUGCUGAUGCUAAAAACAGGGCUAUCUAUUCAGACUAUACAGACACUUCAAUGGGUGCAGGAGUAAACACUAUGUGGAUCCAAAUUGGCCCAAAUCCAAGCCUUACAGGGUCAGAUAACAAUGCAAUCCUUAAUGGGCUCGAGAUUUUUAAGUUAAGCAGGAAGGAUAACCUAGCUGGAAGUCCUACAAAGCUACAGGGUGCUGAAAACCCAUCUGAAGCGGAACAAAAUUCAAUUCUCUGGCCUGUAAUAGGAGGAGCAAUAGGAGGGGCUGUUCUCAUAGGAGCAGUUAUUUUUGUGGGAUUGUGUCUUUUCUGCGGCAAGAAGAAGCCAACACCUGUGAAGCCUCACUCUCCAGGAUGGCUUCCUUUGUUUUUGCAUGCUGGAUCAGAGAGUGCAUAUACCACCAAAGCCUCAAAGGGCACUGUAAAUAGUGGUAGUACAAUGGUUGCUGUUAGAAGAGGCAGGAAAUUUACCUUUGCAGAUAUUAAACUUGCUACCAACAACUUUGAUGAAUCAAGGGUCAUUGGGAUUGGAGGAUUCGGGAGGGUAUUCAAAGGAGAAAUUGAAGAUGGCGUUUCGGUUGCAGUAAAAAGAGCAAAUCCACAGUCCGAACAAGGUCUGACAGAGUUUGAAACAGAGAUCGAACUACUUUCCAAGUUGAGGCACCGCCAUUUGGUGUCUCUGAUAGGAUUUUGUGAGGAGCAAAAUGAGAUGAUCUUGGUCUAUGAGUACAUGGCAAAUGGUACAUUGAGAAGCCAUUUGUUUGGAAGCAAUUUACCUCCCUUAUCAUGGAAGCAAAGGCUUGAUAUUUGUAUUGGGGCUGCCAGGGGGCUGCAUUAUCUUCACACUGGAGCAGAAAUAGGAAUUAUCCAUAGAGACGUUAAGACCACCAAUAUUCUCCUUGAUGAAAAUUUUGUAGCAAAAAUGGCAGAUUUUGGCUUGUCUAAAACAGGACCUGCUCUCGAUCAUACUCAUGUAAGUACAGCUGUCAAGGGUAGUUUUGGGUAUCUUGAUCCAGACUACUUCAGAAGACAGCAGCUAACAGAAAAAUCGGAUGUUUAUUCCUUUGGCGUUGUACUGUUUGAAGUUGUAUGUGCAAGGCCUGUUAUCAAUCCCACACUUCCUAAAGAGCAAAUAAAUCUUGCAGAGUGGGCCAUGCAUUGGCAGCAGAAAGGAAUGUUGGAAGAAAUAAUUGAUCCUAAACUUGCAGGGGCUUAUAGUCCAGGUUCUCUGAGGAAAUUUGGAGAGAUUGCGGAGAAGUGCUUAGCUGAUGAUGGAAAGAACAGGCCUUCAAUGGGAGAUGUACUAUGGAAUUUAGAGUAUAUCUUGCAGUUGCAAGAGGCAGCUGAUCGGAGCCUCUCACUUGCUAACAGCUCAACCCAACUGUCCAAUUUUCCCUCGAAUCUGCCACAUAUCAGAGAAUCUGAUGAAAAUUCUGAGAGUACUCUUAUACGAGAAGAUCAACAAGAUCAGCAGAUUGAGGCCAGGAGUGUGGGUGAGUCAGAAGAAGGUGCAGGGGCUCUGGAGUUUUCUCAGCUUGUGAAACCCAUGGGAAGGUGAUGUAUUGAAUGAAAUGGAUCAAAUGCUUCGAUGAUACUUCAUUUCUUAUACUCUAGUAUGAGAUCCCAGCCUUGAGGCAGGCCUUGCUUCAGUUUUGGACAACUACUUCCUACGAUGCAUCCACAUGUUUUUUGUGGCAAAAGAUAUACAACCUCGCACAAGUCUUUUUCCAGCUUCUUGUGUUUUAUUGGCCUCGGGUCGCAGAACAUUGGUAUCUCAAUUCAGCAUUAUGCUAGUGACAGAACCGAAGCGCAGAAAAUGGUCUGUAGAAAUGAAAUUUAGUUAUCAUUAUUUAUAUAAACUCAAACCAUUUAAAGAUGUUUUCCUUCAUCUUGCAGUUAUGGUUUUAAGAAGUUGUAACUUCUUUUGAGCCUGUGAUAAUGGUGGUAAUAUCCUGCACCUGCUACUAUUAAUCUGCAGUAGUAAAAUCUGGUGUCAGUUAUGUAAUGACCAGUAAGAAAAUUCAGUUGAGUUUGUAGACUUUUUUUUUUUUCACUGAUUUUAGUAGAUAUUUUCUUACAGGAGUGUAUAAUAAAGCCACAUAUAAACUGUGUGCAGACAUUAUGAAA